GUCCGUGCACUCAACGUGGCGCAGAGUGCGAUCUCCAAAAGGUGACGCGGAGCCUUUCCCGAUCCAUCUACCUUGUGCAUGCUGCAUGCAAUCGGAAGUGGCUUACUCUUGAGUGCUGCCUGGUCACGACGGGCGCUCAUAAGUAGCCGAUGGAACUGACACCUAUCGUCGUGCGUGGCAAGAAGAGGAAAUACUUACACCCAGCACUUGCUGCCUCCAAAAGUAAACCUACUUCCAUACCUGCACAAAACUCUUUAGCAUCCUCAUCUCAGCUCAAACGACAACGGAAAACGAAGUCAACCCACAGGAAAAAAGAAGUUACGCCCGCCAUGCCGACACUCCAAGGUCUCCCCACCGAACUACUGGAAAUGAUCUUUCUUUACAGCAUGAACCCAGCGCUUCCACGCUGCUCACGGGAUCUUGGCACAAAACUCUCCUCACACACCAUAGAGAUGAGCUUCACUAUGCAGACCUUUUUCCAUACCGUUGAUCACCGCACCAACUAUCGGGACCGCCUUAUCACCAGCGAUGCCUCACUUCAGUCCGACAUUCUGACCUGUCGUUUCUUCACCUACGACUUCUUCCUGAAAUACGUGCAGCGCGCACAAGAUGCAAUGGUCAAGUUGCGCGGGAAGGCCUGGGCAGCUACUGGAGUCACGAUCCCUGGAGUGUCUUACUUCGAUGGACUAUGGCCAUUCAAGUUUACCAAGAUCCCCCAUCUCGCUUUUGCGCAAGGCUUUCACAUACCAGAGAAGCUGCUGCAUGGGCCCUGGACCGAGGACAAAGCGUCGCUGCUUUAUGUCUUGGUUAGCCUAAAUGGAGAGAUCGAUUGGGAGGGUAGUAUGGCAGGCGAAGUGGCGAAGACGGGCAUGAAAGAAGCGAUCAAGGAGAGCAACGAGCACGCCGUGGCAGCGCUCGCUGUGCUGUUGGGUGUGCCAAAAGGCAUCACUACCGAACUACUGCAGUAUGCUGUCAUACAUUGCGGUUGCGACAUCAACAUGAUCCGCCACCUACUCUUUAACGCGCAGAUCCUCGCCGAAGAGGCGUCGGGCACGUUGGAUUUCUACGACCCUGCACUGUGGGCAUGGGCAGACGUUAACGGUCACAAGGGAGAGACGCUCAAGACCAUGCUCAAGGAUGCGGACGCAUUUGAUCUCGAGUUUUACUUUGAAGAUAACGCCGACUGGACGAAGAUCGUUCCCUUCCCAUACGGUGGAAGCAAAUUUGACGCAAGGACAGCAUUCAACGGCGUGGUGAGGGAGCUGUUGAUGAACCUUUACCGAAACUACGGAAGGAAAAUCACACGAAGGAGAGCGACGACGCCAGAGCAGACAGUCACGGAAGCACAUAUCGACGAAAUGGGUGACGCCGAAAUUACAACGAGUGCCUGGAGGCUGGUAGAGGUCGGCCGCGUGGUCCUCUUCAACGAGGGUGCAUUCGAGGGCCGCCUCGCUGUCAUCGUCGAGAUCAUCGACCACAAGCGUGUCCUCCUCCAAGGUCCCUCCGAGAAGGCCCCUGUCCCUCGCCAGGAAGUCGCGCUUGCGAAACUCUCCCUUACACCCAUCGUCAUCCCCAAGCUUCCCCGUGCCUCGGGUGUCGGCCACGUCGCGAAGAAGUGGGAGGAGCACAAGGUCCAGCAAAAGUUCGACGAGAGCUCAUGGGCCAAGAAGCGUGCGGCUAUCCAGAAGAGGCGGGGACUCAACGACUUUGAGCGCUUCAAGGUCAUGAAGAUGAGGAAGCAGGCUCGUUUCGAGGUUCAGAAGACCUUCGCCAAGAUCCGCGCCAGCGCAAAGGCAUAGGUAGUCUCGAUGCUGUCGGGAGACAGGCGUUGUGGUGAUCGCUGCAUGCAGGUGGCAUAGAGGCAUGACGUGCAUUUCAUGAGCAUUCCGAAGGCGACCUCAAAGGCAUUCAAAAAUUCAAGACCUGGUUAAGGGCGAAUAAGUCCAAUGUUUGGCACGGUGCAAUUCGGUUUGGGAACGGUUUACUCGGCUCUCGCAUGCAUUCCACAUGUAGCAAGAGAGUUCAAUCCACAAAUUCAUGAACACACACGAACAGUGCAACUAGAAUUGCAAUUUGAUACCCCCUUUGAAA